AUGGAUAUUGAUAACGAAGGGAAAGACGUUGAUCAAAAGAACUUCCGAGGAAUCAUUGGAUCCCUUCUAUACCUCACAGCAAGUAGACCCGAUAUUUCUUUUGCUGUUGGGGUAUGUGCAAGGUUUCAAUCUAAACCUAAAGAGAGUCAUCUAAGUACUGCCAAAACGAUUUUAAGAUACCUGAAGGGAACCCAAAGUGUAGGACUUUGGUACCCGAAAGGAAACUCUUUUGAUCUUGUUGGUUAUACAGAUGCUGAUUUUGCUGGCUGUAGAAUUGAUCGAAAAAACACCUCAGGGACCUGCCAGUUCCUAGGUGGAAGACUUAUAUUCUCACUAAACCACUUUGUGAAAAUGGAUUUGCCACACUCCGCCACGAAAUUGGAAUGA